UUAAACAGAUCAUACUAAUUAUAAGGGUGAAGAAAUGAAGUGGUUUUUAGUUUUCAAAAUAUUAGUAUUUUGUACUAUAUUUACAAACCUUUUGUAUGUAACAAAUGGAGCAAAAAUAUUAUCAAUAUUUGGAUUUCCAGGACCUUCACAAUAUAUAAUGGCUUCAGCUUUAUUAAAGGGUUUAGCUGAAAGAGGCCAUGAGGUUACGUCCAUAUCAACUUUUCCCCAAAAAACGCCAGUAAAAAAUUUUAGAGAUAUAGCAGUAAUGGAAAAUGCUAAACUAUUCGAUACUUUUACUAAUGAGGCCGUGGGAGAGGAAAAGAAAGAAACCAAUUUCUUUGAGGAGUUUGCGGAAUUUUCUGAAAUUGGUGUUAAAAUGGUGCAAAAUGUUUUAGAGAAUCCAAAAGUCAAGGAUAUAAUGAAAAAUGAAAAAUUCGAUUUGAUAAUUGUGGAAACUUUAUGUGAUGCUUUAUAUGGCUUUGGUCAACAUUUCAAUGCGCCCAUGGUGGGUGUAUCCACCUUCGGCACAAUUAACUUUAUAGAUGUUUUAGUGAAUAAUAUAUCUCCGAUGUCGUAUAUACCACACAUGGGUUUACCUUAUGAUAAUCAUAUGAACCUGAAAGAAAGAUUAUGGAAUGUUAUUUUUAAUAUAAUAGAUGAUUUACAUUUCAAUUUUAUAAGGCUGCCGCUUCAGGAGAAACUUUUCCAUAAAUAUUUUCCCAAAUCCAAACAUACUUUCGAUGAAGCCCGAAAAAAUGUCUCUUUGGUAUUAUUAAAUCAACAUUUCACCUUAAGUUAUCCCAGACCAUAUGUCACGAAUAUGAUUGAGGUUGGUGGCUUACAUAUAAAACAAAAACCCGACCCUUUGCCUCAAGAUCUACAAGAAUUUCUAGACAAUGCCAGAGAUGGUGUCAUAUAUUUCUCCAUGGGUUCUAAUUUGAAAAGUAAAGAUAUACCAGCUGAAACAUUAAAAGUAUUUUUGGACACUUUUAGAGAAUUAAAAGUAAAGGUUUUAUGGAAAUUUGAAGCUGAGACAUUACUCAAUAAACCGGAUAAUGUUUUUAUUAAAGCCUGGUAUCCGCAACCCUCCGUUUUGGCUCAUCCUAAUGUUAAGUUGUUUAUUUCGCAUGGCGGUUUUUUGAGCACCACCGAAACUAUAUUUCAUGGUAAACCCAUAUUGGGUAUACCGGUGUUUGGUGAUCAACCCAUGAAUGUUAAUAAUGCUGUAAAAUCCGGUUAUGCUUUGUCCUUAAAAUUGCAUGAAAUUACUAAAGAAUCAUUUAAGUCUAGCAUAAUGGAACUUUUAACUAAUGAUCGUUAUACUAAACGGGUUCAACAAUUAUCCAAACGUUAUAGAGAUCAGCCGCAAACUCCCUUGGAAAAGGCUAUUUAUUGGAUUGAAUAUGUCUUGAGACAUGAGGGUGCCGUUCAUAUGCGUAAUCCCGGUGUUGAUUUAAACUAUUUCCAGCAAUAUAAUCUUGAUGUUUUCGCUAUAUUAGUUGGUUGUUUAUUGCUUGUACUUGGGGCUCUUGUCGCUGUUAUAGGUUUUGUGGCUAAGCUGUUGGGCGGCAAGAAAAAAUCUAAGAAAAGUUCGGGUAAAAAUAAGAUAAAACGUAGUUAAUUUUAUGAAAUAAAUGAGGUAGUUUUUUAAUAAA